CCAUUCUCGAAUAUUCCGCCCUGUGGUUUCCUGAGCCUCCUCUUAUAAAUAUAAAGGCAGAACCGGGGUCCCGGGGCCUCCGGGAGCAGUGAGCCCAGCAGUCCGCAGGCCAGCUCUGCUUGCCCACCAAGAGGAUGACGGUCUCCGCAGCUGCCCUCUCCUUCCUCAUCCUCGCUGCCACCCUGGGGUCCCAGGCCCGGGUCCUGUACGAGGCAAGAGAACCCAUCAUGGCAGUGGAUCAAUUUAACCCUCCAGUAUUUCACGAAAACUCAUUCCAACCCUCUGACUGCUGCCUCUCCUACACCCCACGAAACGUCCGUUGUUUAUUCAUGGAAGAUUAUUUUGAAACGAGCAGCUGGUGCUCCCGGCCAGGUGUCGUCUUUCUCACCAAAGGGGGGAGACGUAUCUGUGCCGACCCCCGCAAUGGGCAAGUUCAGAAUUGCAUGACGGACCUGAAAUCAGACCUAAAGAUCACAGAAAGGCUGGGAAGAAUGGAAAUUUCUUGAGGAGAAGGAAUGCAAGACACCACCCCACCUCCAACUCGCUUCUCCCAACUACUGCCUGGGAGUUUCCUAAUUACUUUUUUAAAAAUUAUUGUUCUGUUCUGCAUCUAAUAAAAAGCAUUCAAUUCAACUUCA